AUGGAAGGCCAGGCAGAAAAUGACGAGCUCUACCCCAUCGCUGUAUUGAUCGAUGAGCUGAAGCAUGACGAUGUUCUGCUCCGUCUGAACGCUAUCCAUAGACUCUCCACAAUCGCCCUAGCCCUUGGCCCAGAAAGAACGCGCGAAGAAUUGAUUCCUUUCCUCGACGAAUCCAUAGAAGACGAAGAUGAGGUUUUGACUGCUCUUAGCGAAGAGUUGGGCAACUUUGUUGAAUAUGUCGGGGGUUCAGAGCACGCCCAUGUUCUCCUAUCCCCUCUUGAAAACCUGGCCGCGAUUGAAGAGCCACUAGUAAGGGAAAAGGCCGUAGAAUCCCUCAACAAAAUUUGCGAGCAGCUGUCGCCACAGCAAGUCGAGGAACAUUUCAUACCUCUAACUCUUCGCCUCUCCAAAGUAGAGUGGUUCACCUCUAAGAUAUCCGCGACUGGCCUAUACUGCGCUCCGUACAAGAAUGCAUCACCCACCCUACAACAAGCCUUGCGGCAGCAAUUUGGACCACUUGUUCACGAUGAUACGCCUAUGGUUCGACGUCAAGCCGCAAACAAUCUAGCAAAGUUUGUAAAAGGGAUGGGAACGACUGAAAUUAUAGAUGAAAUGAUUCCUUUGUUUCAAUAUCUCGCAAACGAUGAUCAAGACAGUGUGCGUUUGCUGACGGUGGAUAUUUUAAUAUCAAUUGCCGAGGAAAUCCCUAAGGAGCAACAAUCGAGUCACGGAGUUCUACUUACAUCUUUACGAAGCUUAUUUGAGGAUAAGAGUUGGAGGGUAAGAUAUAUGGUGGCAGAUAGAUUCGAAAAGAUCGCAAAAGCAGUGGAUGACCAGGUUGUCAACCGCGAUUUAGUUCCAGCCUUCGUGAAGCUCCUUAAAGACACGGAAGCCGAGGUUCGAACCGCUAUAGCAGGACAAAUACCAGGUUUCUGUUCUCUGCUUAACCGGGAGACCUUGCUGAAUGAGAUUAUGACUGGUAUAGAAGACCUUGUUUCUGAUCACUCUCAACAUGUUCGUGCAGCGUUAGGUAUGCAGAUUAGCGGCUUGGCACCUAUUUUAGGAAAAGACGAGACAAUUCAUCACUUACUCCCUAUGUUCUUGCAUAUGCUGAAAGAUGAAUUCCCGGAUGUUCGUCUACACAUUAUUUCAAAACUGGAAAUGGUAAACAAAGUCAUUGGUAUUGAAUUACUAUCCCAAUCACUUCUCCCAGCAAUUGUUCAAUUAGCCGAAGAUAAACAGUGGCGCGUUCGUCUGGCGAUCAUUGAAUAUAUUCCUUUGUUGGCUAGCCAGCUUGGCGUCAAGUUCUUCGACGAGCAGCUAAACAGCCUUUGUCUAACAUGGCUAGGCGAUUCCGUCUUCUCGAUUCGAGAAGCUGCUACUGAAAACCUCAAAAAGCUAACAGAGGUUUUCGGUAUCGACUGGGCGCAUGAAUCCAUUAUUCCGAAAGUUGUCGCCAUGGGCCAACACCCAAAUUAUUUAUACCGAAUGACAACUUGUUUUGCUAUCAGCACUCUCGCACCUGUCAUCAAUCUCAGAAUGAUUGAAGGUUCGGUCUUACCAAUUCUAGAUAGGCUCUCUAACGAUGAUAUCCCCAACAUCAGGUUCAAUGUUGCGAAAUCUUACUGUGUGUUACUUGAUAUCCUCCAACGGUUACCAGAAGACCGCACCAUUAGUGAACUAGAAAAGGAAAAGCUACCUCAGGUUGCCUCACCGCGAAACGAAUCUGUGAUUGCACAACAUAUCCUCCCAAACAUUGAAAGAUUGAAGCAGGACGAGGAUGUAGAUGUCAGAUAUUUUGCCUCCAUCGCUGCAGCGACAAAUCCAGAGAACCUGCACAUGUCUUGA